CGAAAAACUGGCCAAGUUGGUGGUGAGCACCAACUUAGGUUGGUGAGCUCAAGCGAAUCCGAAAUAAGUGGGGUGUGUCACGGGUACAGAUGGUGUGUCACUUGUCUUUGAUCCUACUCUCCAUGCAAGGCUGACGCGGGGUCCAAACCAAAAGUUCGUCCCUUGUCUAAAUGGCCUAUGAAAUAGAAAUGGAAAUGAAAAUUCGACUUUGUGCCCCGACUUAUAUCAGCCUUACUGUACUGGAAUAGCGGCGGCCUGAGUCAACAUUUAAAUAGCCGCAGUUGUGGGAUCCAAUACUACAUUUUUGCGCCGACCUCUAGAGGCCCUCGGAUCCGAACCCUCUUUUCACCUGUUCCUCGCGCUCUCUCUCCUUUCGCGAUACAACCGCUCAAAAUGUCGCAUAAGCCCGGCGACCUGACGCCAACGUCCAUCAUAAUCAGCACCUCAGUGGUGGUCUUCAUCUCGGGGUUCCUGCUAGGCGUCUAUUCGAUCCGGGGCUACCUCAUUUCGCCCGCGCUCGCCGAUGAGCGGAAACACAACCUCACCGACCCGGUCGAGAGCGAGGAAUCCGAUGUCGACGACGACACCAUCCUGGACCAUGCGCCCAACUGGGCCAACGGCGCCGAAGCGGACCGGCGGGAUGGGCUGCGCGCCGAGGCCACGAAGAAGAACAUGAAGAAGAAUAAGGCGGACAAGCUGAUUAAUGUCGCCGAGCCGGCAACUAAUCCGGCAAUGGUGAAGGGAAACGAGGAGUGCAAGCUUGUCCUCGUUGUGCGGACUGAUUUGGGAAUGACCAAAGGCAAAAUCGCUGCGCAAGCCUCGCACGCCACCCUCGCCUGCUACAAGACCAUGUCCAAAAAGUCACCCACCUCGUCCGAGGGCCAGAUCCUGAAGCGGUGGGAGCGCCUCGGUCAGGCCAAGAUCGCGGUACAAGUCAAGUCCCAAGAAGAGCUCCUGGUGCUGAUGGGCAAGGCGCGGAGCCUGGGCAUCACGGCUGAAGUUAUCCAAGACGCCGGCCGUACUCAGAUCGACCCGGGCAGUUUGACGGUAUUGGGCGUUGGGCCAGCACCGAAGAGUCUAGUGGAUCAGGUGACAGGCGGACUUAAGCUAUUAUAGAUGACGAAAAUCACAUGCUGUGCUCCACAAUUUUUGGGUCAUCGUGCCGUAAAUGGCGAUUUAAUUACAGAGACGAGGUUAGACGGCAUUCUGAUUUGUGGAAAAGAGAAAAAGCACAUAGCGACAUGAUACAUUUUGUUCAUAUAUAUUU